CAAGAAUCUCCAAUCUCCGAAACAAAUCGAUGCAUACAUAUUUUUCACAAUCACAGAUCUUGCAGGACAAAGUGAGAGCGGUAAUUGGUAAAUCUGCCGUCCGUCCAAGCGAAUAUUCUACAGGCCCGACGUGGGGAACUCUACGAACCGAGGAUCUAUAAUCUAACCCCAAGCUACCUCAUCCUGCCAUACGAGACAAUUAUAAACAGCCUCUUUGAAACUUGUCUUUUCGAAUCAUCGGCGACAUGGCAGACGGGCACUCUCACAGUCAUGACCAAGGCCACUCUCACCAUCACUCACACGACCAUACGGAUCAGCCAGAUCAUCUGUUCCAGGCAACAUCAGCUAGCGAUCAACCCCCCGACGCCUGGCGCGCAAGUGGAGUGCGGGUGAUCCCAGGGGACAGUCUGGAUAGCAACACAGCUCAGACUCCGGGGAUGAAUCGCGCGGCGGCCAUCAAUCGCGCUCGCGUUGGCGCGCAGUCGCUGUGGGCAGGUACUGUGACCAUCCACCCCAAUGCCAAAACCGGCGCCCAUCAUCACGGCCACCUUGAGAGCGUCAUCUACGUGGUCAAGGGCAAGGCCCGCAUGCGAUGGGGUGACAGUCUCGAAUUCACUGCCGAGGCCGGUCCAGGGGACUUCAUCUAUGUCCCCCCUUAUGUGCCCCACCAGGAGAUCAACGCGCUUGAGGACGAGGCCCUGGAAUGUGUCCUUAUGCGCAGUGAUGGAGAAGCCAUCGCUGUCAAUUUGCCUGACCUCGUCCCGGUUGAGGACCCCGAAGGCGUCAAGUGGAUCGAUCCUACUCAUCCAACAGGAGGAGUGUGAAGAAGACCUCGUCCUUUUCAGACCUGUGUAGGCCUAUCACUUUAAAGGCAGAAGUCAACCGUCAUGCCAUAGGAAGAUUGAAUAAACC